UGUAGGCCUAAAAUUAAGGUGGUAACAACAACUAAUACAACAGCAUCAUCACCGUUGCAUUUAUCUCCAGCCACUGUCUUUAAUCGCUUUCUCUUUCUAUCUCUCACUCCGAGUCUGACCAAUUCCCACUUUCUCUCUCUACUCAGAGGCGAGGCAAGGCAACCACCGAAAAAUAAUGAAAGAAGAAACAUGGAAAUUCCACGCACCCUCUCACAUCAAAAACCCAUCUUUCUCUCUCUCAUCAAUGGCCCAGUUGGACCAAAAUAUAGGUGGAAGAAAAACCAAAAAGGAAACAAAGAAAGAAAGAAUGGGAAACAAAAAAGAAAGGGAAGUUAGCUAGAUAGAUGGCUUGAAACGUCCUCCAACUAUACCCAACCAUACAACACAACACAACUCUACCCCUUUCUCUUUCUCUAUCAUAAAAAUGUGUUCCCUUAAUUGCCCUUCUGCAAGACCCCAAAAAAUCCCAACUUCAUCACUGUCUCUCAAAACAACAAUAUUUUUCACCGAUUUAUGUGGACUUCCUUUUGGGGCUUCUUUGUCUUGGUCAGAGUUUCACAGAGAAAAUAGGAAAGCCAGAAGAACCUUCUUUCCUCUUCCCGUUCCUGUCUCUCUUUCCAUCUUCCCUUUAUCUCAUUCUUUCCUUCUAGUUCUCUUUCUCUGUUGCGUGCUUCUUUUCCUCUCAUUCCCUCUCUCUCUCUCUCUCCGCCUUCUCUUACAUCUUGUUCCAUCACCCUGCCCAAUACCCACCUUCUUCUUCAUCUGUUUGUUACCUUUAGAUUUUGUUGGUUCUUUGUUUUUGGUUUGCUCAGUUAUUUUCUUAUCUGAUGAAGAAGAUGAAAGGGGUUGUGUCUGUAGAGUCUCCACCUUAUACUGUGUAUGAGGAUCAGAGGGUCAGGUUGAGGCAUCAGAGUCUUUUGCAGGACUAUGAAGACCUGCAGGAGGAAACAAAUGCCAUGAGAAUGAAAUUGCAGGCUGCGAAGCAGAAAAAGUUGAUACUCUCAGCAGAAGUUCGAUUUUUGAGGCAACGUUAUAGAUACUUGAUACAAAAUCCUUCCCUAAAGCCUAAUCCAAAGCUAGACAUUUCACACCAGCAAAAGCUUAAAGUCCAAGCUACCCAUAUCCCAAGGGGCAAGAAACAUAAUAAUAAGGAAUCUACUAUGCGGCCCCCCUUGGCACCUCAUUUGAAUUCUAAAGAAAGGAUUUCCAACGGAGUUGAGACCACAGUGCAAAAAACAGUUCAUAUGUUUGAUUUAAACCAGAAUGCUAGGAGUCUUGGUAAAAAAGAUCCUUCUGUUUUCAAUUCUGCUCCAGUGCCUGACUUAAGUCACAAAGACAGGAUUCAUGGUGGAAAAGAAGCCACAAAGAAGCGUAUCACUCCAUUUUUUGACUUGAAUGAAAUUUCGAGAGAAGAGGAGGAAUUACUGGGUAAUAUUGAGCCCAUGAGGGUUGAAGAACAGAAGAGAGUUACAUCAAGAGGAAUGAGUGAAGAGCUGCACAACGACGUCAAGUUGUUGGUUUGUAGAAAUAUUGGGAAUGGUUCGAAUAGGACAGUGAAGAGGAAGAUCUCAUGGCAGGAUCAGGUGGCAUUGAGGGUAUGAACUUAACCAGUACGGUAGAUCAAAUUGCUCAUCUUUUGGGUUGUGUAGUCUGCUUGAAAUUAUGUAGCAGAUUUUUUGCAUCUGCUAAACCAUUUUAGCUUCAUUUUCUUUUUGUAAAGAUAACAUAUAGCCUUAUAUGUUCAAAAUAUAUAGAUGAAAUGGGGAAUUUAUCACCAGAAAUCGUUAUCACUAAUGAGUUGUUUCAGUUUUUCUUCUGCAAUGCCAAAUCAUUAUCACUAGUAAGUUAUUCAAA